AUGCUCAUUCCCCGAGUCCGCCCACCAGCACAACCCUGCUGCUCGGCCUUUUCGGACGCGUCGGCAUCGUCCCCAUCGUCCGCGAAGAACACCUCCAACCAGUGCCGGAUAACGUACCUCCGAAUAGGCGAAGACAGAUACCACCUCAUCUGCGCAAGCUGCACCACCCGUUACACCGUCUGCCACCAUUGUACCCGCCUAGUCGCCGUCCCCUGCUCAGCAACCAGCAUUCACAAUUCACACUUCACCCCUGAACUAAGCACACCAACACCCCACCCCCCAACAUCCCAACCCUUCCCCUCCUCAACCCUCUCCCACGCCGCUCUGCUCACCGCCACCAAAGAACGCAUUCUGAACCGAAUAGCCGCCCGGUGCACAGCCUGCGCGGCACUAUGUCUCACCGACAGGACCUUUGCAAGAGCGUUUGGCGUGCCGGACGUUGGGGUCGUGUUUAGAGGCGUGCAGAUUGCUAGCGUGAUGUGGGAUCUACUGGGAAAGGAGUUUGUGGGUGAGGUUGUGGGGUGGGUGAGGGAGUUGGUGGGACGGGUUGAGGGACGGAGGGACGGAAGGAGAGCAGCAGGGUGUGUUGGGACGGAUUCUGGGGGUGAUGCGAUGAGUCGGGAUGGAGAGCGAGCGGUUGACAGGGAGAAAGCUGGAGAGAAGCUGGUGACCAAAGCAGGCGAGCAAAGACCCGCGACGGAUAUCGCAACGACAAAGAGGAACAAUAGAAGAAGAUCGCGCGCGGCACUCAAGGCCGUCAGGCUCGCCAAGGCCUCAAAAGAUGUCGUGAAUAGAAAUACGGAAACUGCGGAUGAGAUGGACGUUGUCGAGACCACCUCGGCUACAGGAGCCGCCCCACCUUCUGAAACCGGUGCCGAUGGAGUCCUACCCGCACCUGCGGAUGAUGUCGUCCAGGCAGCGCCUAGUGAAAACCCGGCUGAUGCAACGCCUGCGGCGUCAUCAUCAACGGAAGCACCCACGACCGCCAACCAACCAAAAAGGCACAAACGCCCUGCAUCAGAAACACCGCAACCACGGCCCGUGAAACGGGUCAGACUCGCCACCGCUACACCUGUCUCCUCUGCUUCCGCGUCCCGUACCCCCAACGUACCAGCAAGACCACCACCGCCCCAAACCGAUAUCCCAGUCCCCGAAGCAGCAGCACACCUAGAGCUCCACCUCGCCGACGCCCGCCGCCUCCUCACCCACCUCACGGACCGCGCCCACCUGUUCUCCGUCACGACCGCCAUGCAGGACCCAUGCCAUGCACAUCCGUUCUCAAUGUUCGACUACAAGGACUUGGAACAUGCUUAUUCCAGUUGUGGGGACAGUCCUGGUCAUGGUCAUACGCAGGAGGACGACGACGAUGACGCAAAGCAAACCCACUCACGCACCCAAACCCUCCUCCUCAUCGCGCGCUCAACCGCAGCCGCCACCCAUUCCCUCAAAUUCGCGAGCGCGCGGAUGAACUGUGCGCGGAGCAGUGUGCGGAGUCUGGGGUGCACGACCAUAAGUGUGAUGCCAGCGACAUUGGCGAUUUUGUCCGCUAACGCCCGACAUGCCACACGGGCGUAUAGGAGUGCCGCGGCGUCGGUGAUGAAGGCGAGGGAGUUGGUUGCGGAGGAGGAGGGGGUUGUUGUUGGGUUGUUGGCUGAAUUUCUGGGUUUGGCUGGAGAUGCGGAUGGGAAGACGCACACCAAAUUCGUUACUGCUGCUGAAAUGACGACUACGUUGCGGUUGUCACGGACGGACAAUGAUUUUGAGAUACAGAGGGAGGGGAAAGGGAGUGGGGAGGUGUUUGGGAGGUUAUGUGCCAGGUUGAGGGGGGUUAGGAGGUUGGGGGGUGCCUUGGCUGGGGAUUUGGAUGCGGAGGUUUAG